AUGACCUGUCCAGACAAGCCAGGGCAACUCAUAAACUGGUUCAUCUGCUCCCUGUGUGUCCCGCGGGUGCGUAAACUCUGGAGCGGCCGGCGCCCAAGGACCCGGAGGAACCUCCUGCUGGGCACUGCCUGCGCCAUCUACCUGGGCUUUCUGGUGAGCCAGGUGGGACGUGCCUGUCUCCAGCAAGGAAGGGCAGCAGAAAAGGGGCCGCACCAGAGCCGCGACACCGCCGAGGCACCCUUUCCUGAGAUACCCUUGGAUGGUACGUUGGCGCCUCCAGAGUCCCAGGGCAAUGGGACAACGCUGCAGCUCAAUGUGGUGUACAUUACCCUACGCUCCAAGCGCAGCAAGCCUGCCAAUAUCCGUGGCACAGUGAAACCCAAGCGCAGGAAGAAGUACGCAGUGGCCUCGCCAGCCUUGGGACAGGAGGCUUUGGUCGGACCAUCCCUUCAGCCACAGGAUGCUGAUGCUGAGGUGCCUGGGUACGUCCAGGGAGGAAACCUGGCCAAGGUUGGGGAACGACCCUGGAGGUUGAUACGGGGCUCGGGAGUGCAAGUUGGGGGCUCAGAUUUUCAGCGGCCCAAGACCCAGGAGAGCAACAUUAGGAUCUACAGUGAGAGCGCCCCCUCGUGGCUGAGCAAAGAAGACAUCCUCCAAAUGCGCCUGUUGGCGGAUGGUGCAGUGGCAGGUCUUCAGUCCGCGUCCUCUAAAAGUGGAGCGCACUUGCUGGUGCUGGAGGGGAGCUCUGCUGGCUCUGUGCCCCGCUGUGGCCCCAGCCCCUGUGGACUACUCAAGCAGCCUUUGGACAUGAGUGAGGUGUUUGCCUUCCACCUGGACAGGAUCCUUGGGCUCAACAGGACCCUGCCGUCUGUGAGCAGGAAAUCAGAGUUCAUUCAAGAUGGCCGACCAUGCCCUCUCAUUCUCUGGGACUCAUCUCUAUCUCCAACAAGUAAUGAGACCCACUCUUCUGUUAAGCUCACCUGGGGAACUUACCAACAGUUGUUGAAACAGAAGUGUUGGCAGAAUGGCCGAGUACCUAAGCCUGAAUGGGGUUGUACUGAAAUACAUCACCACGAGUGGUCCAAGCUGGCACUCUUCGAUUUUUUGUUACAGAUUUAUAAUCGCUUAGAUACAAAUUGCUGUGGAUUCCGACCUCGAAAGGAAGAUGUCUGUGUACAGAAUGGUCUGAGGCCAAAAUGUGACAACCAAGAUUCUGUGGCUCUAGCACAUGUUAUCCAGCGAAAGCAUGACCCAAGGCAUUUGGUCUUCAUAGACAACAAGGGUUUCUUUGACAGAAGUGAAGAUAACUUAAACUUCAAAUUGUUAGAAGGCAUCAAAGAGUUUCCCGAAUCUGCAGUUUCUGUUUUGAAGAGCCAGCACUUACGGCAGAAACUCCUUCAGUCCCUGUUUCUUGAUAAAGUUUAUUGGGAAAGUCAAGGAGGCAGACAAGGAAUUGAAAAGCUUAUUGAUGUCGUAGAGCAGAGAGCCAAAAUCCUUCUUACCUACAUCAAUGCACAUGGGGCCAGAGUAUUACCUAUGAAUGAAUAAAAGGAUCUUCUGGUUAGAUUACUAGAUAAAGUUAUGCAUUUUUUUGUUUUUGUUUUUAAAUAGGUACACAAGCCUCAAGUCUUUUUAGGAACGAGGCGGUGUAGAUGACUAUAUAAAGUAAAUAAAUUUAACCAAGUGUUUAUGAUGGGUCUGAGCACGAUAAGCAGGCUUAAAACCUUUUAAGAAACAUAUUGCUCAAAAAACGUUUGUUCACAUUUUUCUCUAACAUCCUGUCACGUGAGUCUCUACAUCUGAUUUCACAGGAUGGUUGCAGUUAUUAUUCCAGCUAGCUUUGUUAAAACAUUUGUCGUGCCGUUUAAAAGAACAGUGUAGUAUAAGACAGAGGUACUGACCCUUCAGCAAAGCAUAUUUUAUGCCACAUUGACUGGUCUGCCCAAGUACUGAGGUGAAGGGCUCUUAACACUCUUCAGUCUGAUUGUUGAAACAGAGCUGACCCAGUAUGACCCAGAGGCAGGUCCACAUUGGAAAACUGAAGCAUGUGAUUUGCAAAAACGUCAGGGUGUACGAUAAUUCUGCACAGAAAUGGUGGGUUAUUUGC